GUACAAGACUACUUUUAUUACAGUAAUCAAUCAUGGGGAAAAAAAGAUUCAUUGAUCCAUCCAAGUCUGUCAAAUUUCAGCUUGUGCAUAGGUCUCAGAGAGACCCAAAAAUAGCAGAUGAAACUGCAUCCAAACUAGUCCUGCGACCUAUUGCAGCAUCUUCAAACCUUGCUCGAAAAGGAAAGGGCUUGGAUUUGUCCACGGCGUUGGGAGAGCUGGGAAACGAUAGUCAAUUCGAUACAGAAAACAAAUAUGACCAAGAAAGUGAUUACAGCGAUUCGGAUACCGAGAAUGAAUUGGAUUCAAAGGAUGCUUCAAAAAAGCUAAAGGCAUAUGUAGCACCCGUUACCCCCAACGAUCCUGCCCUAUACGGUAUUUUCUUCAAGGAUCAGGAAUCAUACGACUAUAUGCAGCAUCUCAAACCAAUUGGAAGUGACCCAACAGCUAUGUUUGUUGCAGCAAAAUCAGUUCAGAAACCCGAAAAAGAAGAAAUUAAAUUCGUUGAGGCAAACACCAACAACUCGACAAGUUCGGUUGAUUUUCCACAAGCCAAGCUGAUUCUUCCUGAAGGGGUCUUGCCAUCUCAAACUGAGGAAGAUGUUGGCUUGCUCACUCGCUUAGCUCAACCAUAUACUCCAGGAUUAAAUCUAGAGCUUGGAGAUGAUGUACGAGAGACACUGUAUGCGCUUGAUGAUGAUGAGUAUGUGGAAGAUGAGUUGGAAGAUGACUUUUUUGGUGCACUCGACGCCGAAGAGAUUCCUGAGCAGUACAAAAGUAUGGUUGAGCAAGCUGAAAAUGGCUACGAGAACAAAGACAAUGAGAAUCAGCAUGAAGAUCAGGAAUGGAUGAAGGAAUAUGCGAGAUUUCAAAAGAGUGCAGGAAAACCACCAUCACAUGAUGAUAUUCACUCAGAUGGCUCUGAUAGUACCGAUGCAACUCCAAAAGCACCUGUUCGAACUGGAGAUUCAGUUCGAAUCAAAAAGGGUGCAUUCACAGAUACCUCAUCAUACUCCAUGUCAUCCUCAUCCAUGUUUAGAAACGACAAGCUUACACUUCUCGACGACCGAUUUGACAAAGUUUUGGCGGAAUAUUCUGAUGACGAGAUUGGUGAACUAGACCCUGAUGAUCCUGAAGUGCAGGGUGUAUUGGAUGCCAUGUCCACAUUUUCUGGACUGUCAAAACCAUCUAGCUGUAUCUCACUUGGUGCUGAUUCGGACUCCUCGCGUCGUCUUGAUGUCAUGUUUGACGACUUUCUUGAAUCAACACAGGUAGUAUCCAAUGGUCGUGCAUUGAUUCCAGCACGUCAGCCACUCGAUGCUCUUUAUAGCAGUACGCAGCAAAAUGUCAAAUCACUUGUAGACAAGUACGCAUUUGAAGAGGUUACUUCAGCUGCUACACAGGCCGAACUCGACAAGAAAAUCUAUAUGCCAGAGGAAAAAAAUUAUGAUACAUGGGAUGUGGAAUCUGUUUUGUCUACUUACUCAAACAUCUAUAAUCGACCCAAACUGAUUCGAGAGAUUUCCAAAAAUGCUCCACGGAUUCAACUCAAAGGACCACAUGGCAUGCCUUCUGUUGUGCCAUCGAUAUCUUCUACGUUGCAGAAUGAGCUUAGCGACGAUUACAGUGAUAACGAGUCUCAGUUCACCGAUUGCACAGAACGACACAAUACUGCAAUUGGAAGAAACAAGAGUGAGACUGCAGAGGAAAAACGACAGCGCAAAGCUCAGGUCAAGGCUGAAAGACGAGACCGACGAACUGCCAAGAAAAUGACCAAAUCAGCAUUCAAAGGUGAAGAACUCAGACAAAGUCGCCUUACAUCUAACCACGAGCGGCAGGAUCGGUCGUUUGGGCUUGUUUAAAUCGUAAUUAUUAAACAAACAAUAAACCCAUUUUAACUCG